AAUAAGAGUGGAGAUGGGAAUAUGACACGAUGGAACUAUGUAGAUGAGAAAUUAUUUUUCUUUCGCUGGAGAAACAACUGGAAAAAUGACACGAUAUGCAAAAGCAGUUUAGCUCAUUUUGCAAGGAUCAAACAUCUAUUGCAAACCAUACAAGCUUCAGUUUUUUGCGUAUCAUCACAGCUUCAAAGAAAGAUAGAGAAGGCAGCUCGGGAGUUGUCUAAGUUGAAUUCUGCCUGGGCACCAACCGAGCUGGAUGCAGACUUGGAAAUGAUGACAGAAGAAGAGAGAGAAUGCCUAAGAAAAAUAUGUUUGAAGAUGCAUCAGCUUUUUGCUUGCUAAAGACAAGACCUUCUCUUCAUCAUUAUGUGAACAACUGUAUGGUGAUGAUAUUUCAGAAGAAAACUUUGGUAUAGCUGUUGAAAAUAGUGAAGGCUUUGGUGGAAUUUGCAAGGAUUGAAGAUUACUUUCCAACAUCUCAACCACCUUUGUCAUUGAUGGUCUCUCUGACGGAAUGGUUUGGAUGCACCACAAGCCGACAAUGGUCACCUUUUGAACUAUCUCGUCUUCAUCAUUUGUUAUAUUCUCAUGAACACUAGAGAUAUUUCUAGAUUCAAGAUACUCAUAAAUCAAAUCUGGAAAAUAGGUUUCACCGUUCUGACA